AUGCUGAAGAACGCAGGCUACAAGUCCUGCACAUCGGCCAUCACGAACGUGCAGCUCCUGAAGUCCGAGCAGCCAAAGCUCAGUUACCAGUGGAAUGGAGCUGAGGAGGUUGUCGAAGGGAGGAAGGAGAUCUUGACCCGGAUCAAGAGCCUCAAUGAGCAGGUGCGAGAACGGGAGAGCAAACACAUCCUCGACCUGUGCGUGGCCUGCUCUCCCAUCGACUCGCUCGUUUCUGCUGGCAUUUGCGACGGGUCGCUGCGUCUCGUAGACAUGCCCGGGCAGGAUGAGACGGACAACCCCGUGGUGAAGGACUGCUUCCAACAGCUCCUUUCCAUGUGCCACGGCCUGAUCAUCCUUGUGAAAUACAAUUCCGUUAAGUCGGACUCCCUUGCUGUGUUGCUGGAUCGCAUUUCGGACCUUGCACCGCACCUCUACUCCACCCCAGGUGCGCUGACCUUUGUCAUCUCUCAGUGCGAUGCUUUGCGCGCAGACGGGGACUCCGACGACGAGGUGGACACGCCGAAAGAUGCUUUCAAGGAUCUGAAGAAGGAGCUGUUACAGUACCUGGCAAAUCGAGACUGCUUGAUGCUGUAUCCGGGCUUCCUGAGUGAUGUCCGGGUACUCUGUGUCAGCGUUGACCAGAAGAUGGUGGGCGGCCAUGAGUUCGGCCUACUGGUGGAGGCAAUCGGCGAUCUGCAUGGCAUCAUCGCCGAGCUGAAGCGGGCGCGGCAAGUGAAGCUCUGUCAGGAGAUCACAGACGCCUGCGUAGAUCGGCUGCAGGCCGUGCGCGGAGAAUAUCCUAGCCGGGCCGCAGAGGUGAAAUUUGGUCUGCUUGCUCCUGAACCCUGGAGCUGUUCGCCAGAUCUACCUUCACAAGAGCUUUUUUAG